CUCAAGUGUAUCGCCGCAACAGACUUUAUUCCCGCCGACAUGUUGCCCGCGGAGUUGCCCUCGGACCGCGUCGCGAGGCUCCACCUGCAACGGUGUCGCGACAGAGAGACGGAGAGACGAGGAAGGGUCUUCAACCACAAAACGAGGACGAUCGGGGUGGACAAGGAAGCCCUGGACCUGCAGGUGAAAGAAAAGGAGCACCGAGAGGAGGCGGCGAGAGAGGAGCAACACGCGCACGACGCUGAUGUGCUGCGCCACAGCAAAGCAGCCCUCCUCUUCCACAGCAGGGAGGUAAAGGAGAGGCGUGCGAUGGAAAAGGCCACCGAGGACCACCGACGUCUGUACCAGCAGCCUCGGUGCCAGCGGGAGUUUGAGCCGGAAGACCCCCCACGUCUGGCGGGCGAGGACCCCGCCAGUGAGAGCCGGCGGCAGAGGCAGAAGGAGCAGCUCAGAGAGUGGCUCCUCCAGCAGCAGAGGGAGCGCGCAGCAGAGAGCCGUCAACGGAAGCUGGAGGAGCGCCGCGAUGACCAAAGCAACGCAGACAUGCGCAACACAGCUCUGCAGCUCCAGGGCAUCGAGAUGGAGCAGAGAAAAGCAGCAACUAUUGCCAUGAAAGACUACAACCUGGCCAUGAUUGAAGAGAAGCGCUGCCAGCGAGGGGAUCGAACGGCUCCCGGGAACCACCCGCUGACGGGUGGAGGUGCCGAACCCCGCCCGACCGUGGAGGGAGGGCCCGGUGGCAGCCGGCCCAGCAGGGAUAGGAGCGCACCGCCGGAGAGCCUGCAGCAGAUCUCCCAGUUCCACACAUAUCAGAUGGAGGAGAAAAAGAGGUCAGAACUGGAGCGGAAGCGAGACGAGGACCAACAUGAGCGCGUCCGCUUGGCCUCGAGUCGGACGGCUCUGCUGAUGGAGAGGCAGCAGGCCAGAGUGAACAAGCAGCUGAGGCGACAGAUGGACAGCAGCAACGUCGCCAUGGCAGCAACACACAAACAGCAGUCGGUGGCGCCGUUCUCUCGGUUAUGCACGCACAGCGUAUUCAUGUCCAAGAGUAGCGUCUCACUCCGUCUCUAAACUGGUGUCGUUUAAAGGGAACCGGACAUUCAGAGAGGAGGCAUCGACGACAGCUUCUUCUCCAAAUUCAACACCUGCAGCCGAUGACGAGGAGAACAUGAA